AUGCCAACAAUCCUCAUCACCGGCGCAGCCGGCAUGAUCGGCCCUCUCCUCGCUGAACGACUCCUCUCCUCACCCGAAUAUCAAGUCAUCCUAACAGAUAUAAUCUCUCCACCCAUUCCCCCAAAAGCCAAAUACCCACAAAAUGCCACAACCAUCCAGGCAGAUCUCACCGACCCCGGAUCCCUCAGUUCCCUCAUCUCAUCAUGCCUACCCCUGGAUGCAGUAUGCAUUUUCCACGGAAUAAUGUCAGCCGGCUCAGAAGCCAACUUCGAACUCGGCAUGAAAGUAAACCUACACUCCACAUUGGCGCUCCUAGAAGCGUUACGAGAAGCAACCUCCAAACCCGAGGAAAAGCCCCUAAGGGUGCUAUAUGCCAGCUCGCAAGCCGUAUACGGCCAGCCCCUCCCGACCAUCAUCGAUGAAAACACGCUGCCUACACCAGAAGGCAGCUAUGGCACGCAGAAACUCAUCUGCGAAAGCCUGAUUAACGAUUACACGCGCAAAGGUUAUCUCGACGGGUACUCGCUCCGGUUCCCAACCAUCGUGGUAAGAGGAGGGAAACCUAGUACUGCUGCGAGUUCCUUUUUGAGCGGAAUGGUAAGAGAGCCUUUGAACGGCCAAGAAUGCGUUAUUCCGCUCAAGGAUAGAACGUUUAGGUCUUGGUUGUGUAGUUGUCGUGUCCUGGCGGAGAAUUUGGUGCAUGCGUUAAAUCUACCUACGGAUGCGAGGCCGAGCCAUACGAGGACUAUUAAUAUGCCUGGCUUUGGGGUUAGUGUGCAGGAUAUGAUGGAUGCGUUUGCGAAGGUUGCUGGGGAGGAUAAGUUGAGGUUCUUGAGGGAGGAGACUGAUGAGGGGAUGGAGAGGAUAUUGAGGAGUUGGGGGACGGAGUUUGAUAAUAAGCUUGCUUAUGAUUUGGGGUUUAGGAGGGAUGAUGGGUUUGAGAGUGCGGUAAGGGAUUAUAUUGAGGGGUUGGAGGGUUGA